UGCUUGAGGGGAUGAUAACAAAGACAAAAAUAAUCCGGGCGAUUAAUUCUUCCGAGUCUUAAUAAUCAACCGGACAGAGAGAACUUUUAUGGCCUGUGUUUGCUUGGCUAUGUGCCGACUGUGUGGCAAUUCACUUCCUUCUCAGUCUCUCGUCUUAAAUGCACUUGAAAGACUGUUGGACGCAUACAUCGGGUCUUCUUCACACAUCGUUCAUAAGUAGCUACAACAAGGGUCCAGCGUCCUUUACGACGGUUACAUAGAAGAAAAUUUAGGGAUAAUCAACAUUAAUUCGGCUAAUUUUAGGAUUCUCAGAACCUUUAAGAUACGAUACGAUGAAGGUAGUUGCCUAUGCUGAUGACGUUUUCAUUAUGGUUACCGGUCUCUUUCUCUCUACGAUUACCGUAGAGAGAAAGUGACUGCGCGGGUAAGGCAUAUGCUGAGGCCGAGUUUUUCGCAUAUCAGGACGUCACUUAACCUGGACUGAGGGAACAUGUCAUUUCCUUAGGCCCAGGGAGGACUUGGAGAAAGCCGAAUACCAUUUUUAUGACACUGCUUCGCAAAGACAAAUGGUAGUGAUUUAACAGCUCUUUUCGUCAGCCUUAGUUGGGCUUUAAACUCAGUGGUACAGUAUAGUAUGGUUGCCUAUUUUUUUUAUUUUUCUUAAGCGUUGGCUUUUUCUUUUUUCUGACUAUUCUGCAGCUUAAUGGAAUGCAUCUAUGCUGAUUUUCUUCAUAUUACUUCUCUCUUCAACCUUCUUCUGGAGCAAAUACAAGAUUUAAAGUCUCCAAGUGAGAUUGCCUAAAGAUCAACGAUACGGAAAUGACUUCCCAUAUUCCACAUUACGAUACAAUGCAAACGAUGGAUAUGACAAUUCGAUGUCAGGCAACUACAAACAAUCUUAUUCUUCGUUUUCCAGAGCAGAUAACAAACAAGAUUUCAAUGCUUGGAAUAAAAAAAAUGGUGGUAUUGGAAACAGUCGACGGCAAGACGAUUAUGAUAUGUCUGAUGGUAGGCCUAUGUGUAGUCAACAACGAUUCCGGACAGGCUAUGAUAGAUCUGAAAACAUGCCUGACUCUGGAACCAAGGAACAGUUUCAUGACCAUGAAUGUUCUUCUUGGUAUGGCAGCAGUCAACAGCUUAAUGAAAAAUACGAUUAUUCCACAGUUGAAAAUACACCUAAAUCCCGUAACAACCAAAAUCGCUUUGAAGAAGUCAAUUCCGCUAGAGGCAAAAGCGAUUUCAACUUUCAACGAAAUCAAGUAGGAUAUUCUAGAGGUGAUCAUACAUAUGACUUUAAGGAUAAUCAGGAUCCUGCAGAAGUCGGCAAUUUUAAUGUCACCACAAGAGAUGAAUCUUACAACAAAAGCAAUCAACAACGGUUUGCGGGAGAUGACUUUUCAAGAUAUCAACAAACAUCUGAUGUCAGCUACAAAAACCAGCAAAAUUUUGGAGGAGGAGGCAGUUUUGCCAAUUUUAAUUUACAAAACAAUCAACGAAAUAUAAGCCAAGGGCGAGCAGGAGGUGAUUGUAAUAACUUUUAUUCCAACCAACAAACACAGCAGUUUGUAAGCAACAAACAAAACAAUUUAGACAACAAUAUGGAAACAAAUUGGAUUAAACCUCAAUCGUCCCACCAAAUGAAUCGUAAUGAUUUUGGAGGUAAUAGCAAUUACCAAGCACCACAUAGUGCUGUGAAUCAAACAAGAACCCUUCAACACAAUUCGGAUAGAAAAAUAGGUUCAUCUACAAAAGGAGGAAGUUGGCAAAAAGGAAACGACAUUAAUAAGAAUAUUUCAAAAAAGAAAAAUUUGGAUAAAAAUAGGACGGUUAGACGUCGCAGUGCUCAAGUGAGGGAUACAGAAUACCAGGAACAAUUAAUUAAUGGAACUGGUAAAAAAGCUCAGAAUACUAAAACCAAACCCAAUCCAGAAUCUUAUUGGAGAGAUUGGUGGCCCAACUAUGCUUACAUUCAAAACAUGAUUCCAAUAGUGGAUGAAAAUGAUCCCGAAGUAAAAGAUUUCCUUAAAUUCACAUAUGAACCUGAUGACCCGAGAUUCAAACCUAGAGUGGCAUUACUUCUUAAUAUGGGCACAUUGAAGAUCCUGCGCAGCUUUAACCAUACAGAAACGAAUUAUAAAUUUCGGGAAACGUACAAAUUAUUUCUAUACAAGAAACAUCUGGAGGAUCCAAACUUUCAAAAACACCUCAAUCAUCAAGAAAAAGACCUUGUUUUAAAAUCUCUCGCUCUUUUACGACAUAAAGGUAAAUAUACACUGAUGCUCCAAAGCGUAAUAAGUAGAUGGGAUCUUCACCAAAAGACUAUAGCCGGUUUGAGUAAGUUGGUAGCCGAAAAGACCGCUUAUAAUAUGAUGAACACUAAACUCUACCAUUAUUUAGUAAUGGAUUCAAUACAAGAGUUAAAGAACAUGUGCGCAUUGGAUUGGAGUGGAUUUCCUGAAUUCUAUGCAAAACUGCAGUCAAUGCCACCUCCCCACUAUGCUUCAACGGAUAAUAUUCUUACGAAAACCACAGGCCCCUUGGAUGAUUGCUGUAACAAUUCUGACGUGGACAAUGCCGAUUAGAAUAAGAAAAACAUAAGCGUUAAAAUAAGUCACAUGAAUUCCCGUUGAACUUUCGGAAUAGUUGUGAAAAACUUACAUAAAUACUGCUUUAAAUUAAAAAAAAAAGAGUGGGCACGAA